ACUGGAAGAGAGUAGAGACACAUAGGAAAGUGAGCGAGAUAGAGAGAGAUGGACAGAGACAUAGAGAGGAAAAGAGAGCAAAAGAGAGGGACACAAACACACAUAGGAGGGAAAUCCUAUCAGCAUCUCACAAAAACCUUUCUCCCAUGUGUUCGUUCGCAUUAGUAAUAUCUGUUUACCACUAUUUAUUCAUUUUGACAUGGGAAAAAAACUCAAGUAACACCAAAUUGCACACGUUAAUUUUCCCGAGUGCUUGUGCUCCACAUUGGUGCUUGACUGCGUGUCUCUCACUCGUGAACCAGAGAAGGGAAGUUUACUUUCGUGGUUGUUUUCUUGGCUGGAGAGAGUGAAACGCUCCACCAUCGGAGGAGGAGGAGGAGGGGGGUGCGGCCGGCAAGGCGUAUGAGGAAGAGAGUCUGGAUCUGUCUGUGUGUGAACCUCCUCUCAGACUGCUGCUCUGUGUCUCUGGUCCUCACCUCAUCUCCUGUUAACUCCGCACAACAACGCCGCACUUAUUUUCCUAUUCUUUACCUUACAACGGGAUAACCGUGGAACCCAGGUGGGACAGGUGCCCCCCGUCCCGUGCGUGCGAAUGGAGAAGCACAAAGUGCUGAACCAGAUCCUGAUGGAGCUCCACAGCUUCCUCCUGACCCUGGACAAGGAGAACCUGAGUGGGAAGGCCACCGUCCAGAAGGGCCUGCUCUCCGACCUGCUGCUGUCCUACCGGGGCUCCAACGGUGGGGAUGAGGAGUACAUUUACAUGAACAAAGUUUCCGUCGGAGAAGAGAAAGAUAAUGGAUCAGACGCCAUGGCCAAUGGGAAGGCAGGAAAACAUGUCUCUGCACCACAGAAGGGCCUACCUCUACUACCAAGACCGGGGCUGAUUGGCCGGGAGCCCUUCCCCCUGCCCCCCGCCCCUCUCCCCCUCAACCUUGAUUGGGGCGAGGGUUACUAUGAAGAAGCCCAGCCCUAUGAGGAGACCAUCAAUGACGAGGGCGACGCGCUGAGCAGCUCCUACGAGUCGUACGACGAGGAGGAGGCGGUCGUCCGCGGCAACGCCCCGUGCCCGUCGGCGCAGCACCAGUGGCCGUCGGCCGAGGCGUCCAUCGAGCUGGUGAGGGACGCCCGCAUCUGCGCCUUCCUGUGGAGGAAGAAGUGGCUGGGCCAGUGGGCCAAGCAGCUGUGCGUCAUCAAGGACUGCCGCCUCCAGUGCUACAAGAGCUCCAAGGAGCAGACGCCCCUGCUGGACGUGAGCCUUCUGGGCUGCAGCGUGGUCUACAAGGAGAAGCAGGUGAAGAGGAAGGAGCACAGCCUGAAGAUCGUCCCCCUGGGGGGGGAGGCCAUCGUCCUGGCCCUGCAGAGCAAGGAGCAGACGGAGCAGUGGCUCAAGGUCAUCCAGGAGAUAAGUCCCAGACAAACAGAGAACUGUGAAACCCAGCACACCAGCUCAGAUACCUCCAGGCUCAUCUGCACCAAGGGGGAGAUGAGUGAAAGACACUCCGUCGCGUCAGAGAGCGGCAGCAGCACAGACAGCCACGCCGAGACCCCCGACCCCAAAGACGUAAAGAAGAAAUAUGGUGCCGGCCUGAAGUUCAACCUAAUGAACAUAGGCAAGAAGAAGACGUCAUUGCUAGACAGCCCAGAGAAAUGUGUCGACACUUCAGGCUACCUCAACGUGCUGGUGAACAGUCAGUGGCGCAGCAGGUGGUGCCUGAUCAGGGACGGCCAGCUGUGGUUCUACUCUGACAAGGGGAAGGGGAAGGUGAGCCAGCCGGCCGUGGCCCUGGGGGGCUGCAGCGUGGUGCCCCUCCCCAGCCCGGAGCACCUCUACACCUUCAGGAUCGAGCUGGACGGCACCGAGCUAGCCACCCUGGAGGCUAAGACCUCAGCAGACAUGGGCCAGUGGCUGGGCUUCCUGCUGUGCCAGACGGGGACCCGGAUGGAGCCUGAGGACCUGACCUACGACUACGUCAACAGCGAGAGGAUCUCCACCAUCAUCAACGCUGCCAAGUCCUCCAUGUCCUUAAUGCAGAGGAGGUUCUCGGAGCCCAACGCGUACAUAGACAGCGGCGACCUGGGGCCCCAGCUCUCAGACGACCUGUAUGACGACGUGGCCUCCAUAGGGGCCGAGCCAGAGGAGGGCGAAGGAAGCGAACUUCCUGUCAGUUACGAAGAAGGCUUCCAGGAAGUCACCGCCACCAACACCAACGACCCCCCCUCUCCCGAGAUGGAGUCUGCGGGACCUCCUCCUCCUCCUCCUUCUCCACCUCCUCCUCCACCUCCCAUAGAGGAGGCGCCGGUGCCCUCAGACAACCAGGAGUCCGAUGAUGACACUGUUGUCUUGGGCAUGACACGGGUGCGUUCGUUCCUCCAUACCAGCGGGGGCAAAACACCUCCCCUGAGAGAGGGGGCGUCGUCCCUAGCAACGGCGAGAGAGACACUUCCGUUGGAGGAUUCUACGGCGGCCCAGACGGCGGAGCUGGAUCCAAGCAACCAUGUGGAGGAAGAGCCCCAACACAGAACCCCAGAGCCCCGGCACAGAACCCCAGAGCCCCGGCACAGAACCCCAGAGCCCCAGCGCAGAACCCCAGAGCCCCAGCACACGACCGAGACCCCCGUCCUGGUCCCCGCCGACGCCAGCCGACCAGAGGGGCUCUCCAGCCCCCUCAGACCCCCGUGCCAGCCGCACCGAAACCCCCCUCCGCCUCCUCCCCAGAACCAGGGGCCCGCCACCGGGCCUGCUCCUCCCCCUGUUCCCUCCCCUGUGCUGCCGGUCCCCCACAAGGCCCCUCAGCACGGCCAAGCAGGGGGGCGCUGCUCCCCAGGCCAGCCGCCGCUCAGCCCCCAGCCACCACGCUUCCGGAUCCUCUGUGUCGGAGCGGUUUCAAAGACCUUGCCCUCAGGCGGUCCCGGAGCGGUCGAGGUAAAACUCGGCAAGAACCGCACAGAGGCGGACGUGAGGCGCUACUCGGAGGAGCGCGACCGCCUGGAGAAGCAGCGGGAGGAGGUGAGGAGCAGCCUGGCCAGCUUCAAGAAGGAGAGGAGGGAGGCCAGGGAGGAGCUCAACGCCUGCCAAGGAGACCCCGGGCGGAAGGCCUCACUGGAGGCCGUCUUGAAACAGAAGGACGAGGCGUGCCGGGAGGCAGAACAUCGGAGGGUGGAGGUGGAGCUGAGGUUGAUGGAGGUCAGGGAGAGCCUCAGGAAGGUGGAGGCGGGGCCUUUCACCCUGGGCACCACACUGGACAGCAGCCACCAGGAGCAGCACACGAGUAAGGCGUCGUCAGUGAUGCCAACGGUAGCCCCGCCCCCUCCACCCUCGACCAAUGGGAGCUGUGGAGACCCGGCGUCUCCGGUCAACUCUGCCACAGCGCUGAAGAACCGUCCCACGCCCAUGAUGUCCACCAGCAAGGUCAACGUCAUGCAGAAGGCCAAGGAAUGGGAGAAGAAGUCAACCUCCUAACUGAGGUUCAAGUCCUUCAGCAGGACCCUGAGAGCACCACAGAGACAGACCUGGCCCCGUGAAUUAACCCUGCUUACAAGAUAAUUGGACCCCAGACCAACCGUCCCUGGAGCUCUGGAGCUCUCAGCCAGCCCCCGUGCCAAGAGACACAUGCACCCUGAGACCAAGGUCCAGCCCUCCCCAUGAACCCUACAGGACGAUCGCAGUUUUAAUCAUUUGGUUGUUUUACAUAAAGAAAUUUGAGAGGUUGACGAGGGUGCAUUGUAGCCAGUGUUUUACCAUCGAACCCUGCGCACAUUGAAUGUAUUUCAAUAAUAAGGAAAAAAUAAGGACAACCCCCUAUAAUGUAUCAGACCACUGAAAGGAAGUCCCCAAACCCUAACGUGUUCUGGAGCACCCCCUGCCCAAUCAGUUCAGUAACUUUAGCUUGGUUCACAUUGUACUGUGGCUGAGAUGUAAAUAUAUCUACUCCCUUAUUGUUCAAUCGUUUGUCUUGUAUUGCUAGCUAAACAUGCACUUUUUAUUCAAAUAAAUACAUAUUACUGAUGAUUCUGGGCGUGAUACUUUCUGACUAUAUUGGUAUGUUUUUUUAACUGGAGAAAUUGCCGAAAGUAUUGACAUUUUCCGUAGGCAAGUCUUCCAAACCACUCACUCAAGACGCAAACUGGCAGAGCCUUCAGGGACAACUGAAAUGACCUGUCGAGAGAACGAACGCAACCAUCUCCUCGUAAAAUAUUAUAUAGAAUUUUUUGUAGGCUAAGCCAUACUUAUACUUUUCUCACCUUUAAAGAUCUCAUGGAAUGAAAAUUUCACUUUUGAGGUUUUCUAACAUUAAUUUGAGUUCCCCUAGCCUACCUAUGCUCCACCAGUAGCUAGAAAUUUUGUUGGGUGUAAAACGAGCAAUAGGCAUUCUGCUCCGCCUUUGAAAAAACGAAGCUCAGACGCGCCGUUUUGGGAUUUUCCCUGUAUGUCGUCAUAAGGGGAGAUGCCACCUCCCCUUUCUCUGCCUUGCCAGCCCACAGAUUUGGUCCGCCAGUGAGACAAUGAGCUACAACCGUGCGAACGCCACAUGUCUGUUUGUGAUUACACACACUGUAACGCAAGUGUUGUACACUUCUUUGUUAUUUGGAUAACCGUUCUGCUGUUGGUGUUAUUGCACAUAACACUUCGGUUCUCUGACGUCUCUGGUAUUUCCACAACAAAACUGUAGUUGGGGUUAUCUCAGCCAUGGUUGAGAAGGGAUUGGGGGAAAGGAACUUUGAUUUGACUCCCUGAAGUACAUGAACUGCGAAAUGGAGGAGAAAGGGAUUGUUGCCCGCGAUUGUCUCCUGCCGGAGCCCCGCUGCCUGCUGCAGGAGGCGGUGGUGCCCAAGCACUGCCCGCUGCCGAGGCGGUGGUCCCCCGGCAGCAAGGCUCCGGCGGGAGACAUAUGCGCUCAACAAUCGCAGGCAACAAUCCCUUUCUCCUCCAUGUCGUGGUUCAGUCUACUUCAGAUUCAUGUGGACGUGGAAGAACCAGAGACGUCGGAGACCCCAACACAGUCGUUUGAGAUUCAUAAUAUCGUCUUGAUGAGCACACAGCUUUUGGCCGUGAUAAUAUGUAUUAUUUGAUAUAGAUAACUAUGUAUAAUAUGAUAUUAUUUAGAUAUAGACCUCCAAGACUCACGCCGGAGCACCCGGAGUGUUCUAGAAUAUUUACAGAACACGGCCUAAAGCUGUGUUCGCCUCUCCAUUGCGUUACAUCCACUGUAAACAGAGCGCAUGGUACUGUGGCCGCAAAAUGCUCAGGGCCACACCCCCACCCUCCUCCUUGACCCGCCUCUCUCCUCCUCAUUUGCAUUAAAGAUACAGACACUGAAACGGCGCGUUUGGGGAAAGCUCAAUGUGCGACUGGCUCGUAGUGGCAGUAAUUCUGCACCACGGCUGAAUUUCGGGAAGACUUCAAAUACUGUGUUAGGGCCCCACUAAUAUCUAUAUUAAAGCAUCGAUAAAGUAGCAUGCCAUGGGACCUUUAACAGUUUAUAUUUUAGACCCGCCUUCACGC